CACGCACGCACAGCAUGGUGUUCCUGUAAGUCACGCGGUCUGAAGCUUCGUGUUUGCAGCAGAAGAAGAAGAAGACCAGCAGAGAGACUGAAAGCUGCAGCAGAUAAAAACAGACUGAACAAUAUAUAAGAAAACCAAGAAGGGAGCAAGUCUGAGUCUGGAGGACGAGAUCAGCAGGAGAUAGACUCCAAUAACGACAAAUACUAAAUAAUGGGGCUAAUUUUUGGUGGUGCUGUUGUUGUUGUUGUUGGUAUUGCUGCUCAUCUUCUCUGGCCUACAGGUGAUGCUGGAGCCGACUCACAGAACCUGAAGAAGAGCAGUAUCAAGCAACCCGAGCCGGAGCCUUUUCCACUUCUGAGUGAACCAUGGAGAAAAAUGUCUUGGGGAGACAAAGAGAGUGAUCUGCAGUAUGUGCAGAAUUACACACCUUUAAACAAGAGAAUCAAACACCUCAGAGUUCUGCUGUUCGGGCCGGUCGGAUCCGGAAAGUCCAGCUUCAUCAACUCUGUCAGCUCCUCGGUCCGAGGCAGAAUAACUCAGCCUGCUGCUGCCAGUUCUACCACCUCUGACCAUAGUUUCACCACAACAUAUCAAACUCAUGAUAUCAGAAGAGGAACCUCAGACAGCUUCUACCAGUUAGUCUUCAAUGACAUCAUGGGUCUGGAGGAGGGGACGGGACGAGGCGUCCGAGCUGAAGACAUAAAACUGGCCAUGAUGGGACAUGUGAAGGAGGGUUACAAGUUCAACCCAGUGUCUCCACUGUCAGCGGGCGAUCCAGACUACAAACCGUCCCCCUCUCCAGACGAUCAAGUCCACGUUCUGGUUUGCAUCCUCUCUGCUAACGCAGUAGAGGUUAAAGUUUUAGAGAAGAUGAGGCUCAUCAGAGAGGCAGCCAGGGACCUGGGGAUUCCUCAGAUGGCAAUGAUCACACACAUCGACGAGGCCUGUGAGGAAACUGAAAAGGAUCUGAGGAACGUUUAUAAGAGCAAGCACCUGAAGAAAAAUAUGAAGGAUUUCCGCGCAGUAGUCGGUAUCCCACUGAACUACAUCUUUCCUGUGAAGAACUACAGUGAAGAAAUCGACAUCGUGGAUGAUGUGGACUCUCUGAUCCUCAGCGCUCUGAGACGAAUGAUCGACUUUGGAGACGACUUCAUCGGGAAAAUGGAUUCCUCACAUCACAAGUACCAGAAGGACGGUUGGAUGGACUGGUUUCAGUGGUUUGAUUAUCGUAUCUUGAUUACUCUGCUUUUGGGGUUUGUUAUCUUGAUAAGGAUGAGGAUGAGGUGAUAUUGAUGACAUUUCAGGUGUUUCUCUUUCCAUUAACUACCGAGGUUCAGUUCAUCUGGGUAAAAGCUGCUCUUGUUUUGUGUUUGUGUGCUGCAUUCAGGGAACUCAGGACACUUAUUAUUACCUCUGGACUGAGAGAAGGUUCAAUCCAAACUGUAGUUUAACUUUAAGCCAUAGUUAGCUUGUUGCUAUGGUAACCUGUAAUUUAAAAAAGUAGUCCUUACACUGUUGAUCAGAGCUACAUUUGAGGUGUCCACAUAUGAUUCAAACAGAAACCUGCCAGCCAAUCAGAAAGCAGGACUGUGGUCUCAAUAUGAAUAUGAAGACUAGCUGUGGAGAAUCACUAUAUCUUUUGUUUUUAUUAAAAAAAAUAUUCUUUGUCUCUCAUUAAACAAACACUACACUGAUAAUUACAAUAAUAAUCCCUGUUUUAUGUGUGUAAACCUCUUAAACUGAACUGCCUGAGAAUGGCAAUUAAUUAUGGUGUCAGCUGACAUUAGUCGUAUUUUAUGUGAUGAGAACAUGACCCAGCCUGACUCCUGAAACAGCAACCAAACAAUGAUGUUUAAGGGAACUUUAAUGAACAACAGGAGAUAUUUGUAUCACCACUUAUGAGCACAACAGAAUGAACUUCAUUAUAUAUACUCAGCAUUUAAGGACCUUAUCUUUGCUUUUACUCUACUGUUACUUAUUUGGUGGAUGGUUUUAUAAUAAAGUGCCUUCAAUGCUGCUCUUUUAAAUGUG